CCCCCCCACCCCCCGCCGCUCCGAGCCCCGCCCCCCCACCCCCGUUCCCAGCAGCAAAAGCAGCAGCAGCAACACCGCAGCAGCAGCAACACCGCAGCAGCAGCAGCAGCAGCACAGCAGCAGCAGCAGCAGCAGCAGCAGCAGCAGGAGGGCGCACAGAGUUCGGCCCGUCGGCCUCUUCCACCAGCAGCAAACCCCCGGGUGUCUCUCCACUCGAACUCCCAAAGUCCAGCGGCAGCCACUCGCUCCCGGGGCCCCCCAGCAGCACCAGGUGCUGCAGCAGCAGCAGCAGCAGCAAGCACGGCGUCCAGCAGCAGCGGCAGCAGCAGCAGCAGCAGCAGCAGCAAGCACGGCGUCCAGCAGCAGCGGCAGCGACAAACGCAGGAGCAGCCCCACGCGGGCCUCCAGCAGCAGCAGCAGCAGCAGCGGCGGCGCGGACGCGGCAGCAGCAGCAGCAGCAACAGCAGCAGCAGCAACAGCAGCAGCAGCAGCAGCAGCAGCAGCAGCAGCAGCAGGAGAAAGCGGCGAGCGCCGAAACAACUGGAAGCCGCCAGCAGCAUCAAAACGGAGCGAAAGAAAGCACUGA